AUGUCGGACUCAAAUGUUUCUCCUACUGCAGAACCAUCUCCCGCAGCAGCAAAUGAUUCUUCAACUUUUCUUGCUGAGGUGUCCACGAAAUCAUCUAUAGAAGGAACAUCAAUACAAACACCGCUUCCUGAAACAACCUUUUCAGUUAACUUCACAAAUUCAAUAAACUCAGCGUUCAAAUCAAACACAUUAAUUUUUAUUUUAAUUCCCACCAUAGUAUUUUUAGUUAUUGCUUUAACAAUAGCAAUAAUAUGUUAUAAACGCUCACAGAAAAAACAAAAAAAUGGAACUAUAUUACAAUUCGAACCAAUGCACCCUCACGUUGUCGUUGUUGAUGCGGAUGGAAACAGUUUAGGUAAAAGAAGUAGUAGCAUUACAAGUUCGAGUAACAAUAGUCUUAUUAGUAAUCUGGGAGGAACUAAAAAUCAAAAUAGAAUGAUUAAAGUAAUAGCAUAUGAUAAUGAUGAUCAUACAAAAGAUGGAAGCAUAAAGAGCAACGAUUCUAAGAGAAAGACCAUGUAUUAUGAGGAUUAUCGUCGAAAAUAA